ACAAUGGUACCGUCCGGAUUGAGAGGCCAGACUGGGCAGAGGCUCUACAAUAGUUGGGACUGGCUGCUCUUUGCAACAUCAGCUGCUGCAAUUGGACUCCAAAAGCCAAAAAGGAGGGGCAGAUAUAGAAAUAUAUACUAAAUCCUCCUUUGCUUCCAUCUUCCCGGGUUGGGAAGUCUUUUUGGCCAUUCUUUUUGGGAUCCCAGCUGCAUCCAGGACCAAUCUACAAAGGCAUUUUUGAGUUUCCAUUGGGAGGGAGGCUCAGCUGCCUCCCUCCUUUGAUCACCUUCUAUAGAGGGAUGAACCAAGAGAAAAGACUCUGAUUUUUGACAUAUUUUGAUCUUUUUUUUUCUCCUUCCUGUUUUGAUUUAUUUUUAAAUAAUAUUUAGGUGGAUUUUAAAAAAAUCCUAUUUUUCCCCAUCUUCCUUUGCAAAGAAAACAAAACAAACCCCUAAAUAUAAAUAUAUAUAUUUCAAAAAAAACAUGGAGAAAAGGGAAGAAGAGCCAGUGAAAGCCUUGACGACGAAGCAACAGCCUGAGGAUGAGCAUCGAGCCGCUAAAAGGACGCCCCCAGAAGUGACACAGCUCUCCUCGAGUGAACAGAAUAGCCACUUACGUGCCACGUCGCCCCUUGCGAGGGAGGCAGAUCCACACCAGAGGGACCGCUCUCCCUCAGCGCCAUCUCCAGCAGCCACGGUUCAGUCCGCUGCCACCACUCCUUCGAGCGCAGCAUUGCCCACCCAAAAUGGCCACCCCAGGGUCAAGACCACUGUAGUGUCCCCUGCCGAAGUGAAACCUCCCCUUCCAGCUCACCAGGAGAGCCUCCCACUCGUCACAACUCUUCCAGCCAUGGAGACUCUGCCGCCUAAAAGUGACCGCCCGCCACCUAUCGGUGCCCCAACGCCGCCUCCUGCGGAAGAACCGCAUCUUCAAGAAAGCCCACGACCAUCCCCGAAGAAUAAUGAUCAGCCUUCCCCAACCCAGGGGUCUGCUAGCCCCCGGAGCAAGCAAGCAGAUACACAGAAGGCUCAAGCCAGGCAUAAACAGGCUCGAGAGCGGCGUGAGGAGCGAGCCAAGCAUCUGGCGUCCAAGCGGGCCCUGUGGCUGGAGAAGGAGGAGAAGGCGAGGGUCUUGCGGGAGAAACAGCUGGAAGAGCGGCGGCGGCGGCUCGAGGAGCAGCGGAUUCGAGCCGAGAAACGCCGGGCCGCCCUGGAAGAGCGCCAACGUCAGAAGUUGGAGAAGAACAAGGAGCGAUACGAAGCUGCCAUCCAGCGCUCCGCAAAGAAAACCUGGGCUGAAAUCCGGCAGCAACGGUGGUCGUGGGCCGGCGCCCUGCACCACGGCUCCCCUGUGCACAAGGAUGGUGCCAGCAGGUGCUCCCUUUCUGCUGUAAACCUCCCCAAACAUGUGGACUCUAUAAUCAACAAACGCCUCUCCAAAUCUUCUGCCACCCUCUGGAACUCACCCAGUAGAAACCGCAGCCUGCAGCUCAGCCCCUGGGAGAGCAGCAUCGUGGACCGGCUGAUGACCCCAACACUCUCCUUUUUGGCACGAAGCCGGAGUGCCGUGACGCUCGCCGGGAAUGGCAAAGACCAAGUUGUGCCGGUGUGUCCCCGCUCUGCCUCUGCCAGCCCACUCAGCCCUUGCAACAACCACCGGAUGCACCAUCGCUGCUCGGAGCGACGGCGGCCGGCCACCAGCAGUCCUGAUGUGACGCCCCGGCGCAAGGCUGCGGCUUCCCCUAAAAAGAAAGAGAAGAAGGACAAAGACCGGGAAAAUGCCCAGGAGAAAAGCGCCCUUGCCCUACGCAAACGCCAGUCUGUGCCUUCGGGCCAGACUCGAAAGCUGCACACGCCGGAGAGCAGCCCUGGCCCCAAGCCCAGGCCAUCGUCUCCAGCCAUUGCCAAGCAGCGCCCAUCCUCGCCGAGCACGGGUCCCAGUUCUCCACAUCGGCCAAGUCUGAUCCGCAGCGCCCAGUCCUCGCCAAAGGCGCGGCCCCGCAAGGAUCAUGACAACCAGCCCAAAGUCCGCAAGGAUGAGCAGAAGGAACGGAGGACGGCCUCCCCAGCCCCAGGCGAGACCCCCAAGGUUACAGUGGGCAGCGAAACUGUACCAGACACCGCCAGACCCUCCAGCGCAGCCAGCCCAGUGCCAGCAUCUCAGCCCACAACUCCUGGGAAGCCCAUGGCGGGCACCACGGACCGAGAGGAAGCUGCGCGGCUCCUGGCUGAGAAACGGCGCCAGGCACGGGAGCAGAGGGAGCGGGAAGAGCAAGAGCGCCGGGAGCAGGAGGAGCAAAUGCGGCGCCUGGCUGAAGAGCGGGCCCAACAAGAAGCCAAAGAACGCCUCCAGCAACAAGCCGAACUGGCCAGGUUGGAAGAAGAGCGGCGGCAGCAGCAGGAGGAGAAAGCGCGAGAGGAGGAGCGCGAGGCCCAGGAGCGGGCACAGGCCGAGCAGGAAGAGCAGGAGCGACUGCAGAAGCAGAGGGAGGAGGCAGAGGCCCGCGCACGCGAGGAAGCGGAGCGCCAGCGGGUGGAACGCGAGAAGCAUUUCCAACGCGAAGAGCAAGAACGGCUGGAGCGGAAGAAGCGGCUGGAGGAGAUCAUGAAGAGAACACGGAAAGCAGACGGGGCUGAUGCCAAGAAGAAAGAAGACAAGACACUUGUGAAUGGGAAGGAAGGGAAACAAGAAGCUGAAACGGGUACAGGAGGAGAAAAACGCCCUGGAAGCCUCCCAAAGGAAGAAGAACUGCCUGAGAUGCAGGCUUCAAGUCCAGCAGGUCACAAAGGCACGGCUCCAGAGGGGACGCAACACAGCUCUCCCGCCACCUCCGCUCUGUCCCUGGUGAACGGCCUGCAAUCAGCCAAGCAUGAGAAUGGCUUCUCUUCUCCCAAGGAGACCGGCGGGCGGGAGCACUCCACAAGCCCCGGGCUGGGCAUGGCUGGUGAGCCUAUCUUGCCUUUUGCCAACAAGGAGCCUUUCCUCACCAAGGCUGUGGCAAAGGCACCACAGAUUACAGAGGUUCUCUAAGCCUUGAUGCCACGUUCCUCCUCCUCCUCUUCCUCCUCCCUGUAAAAGAGAUGCCACGACGUGCCAACUCCAGGCUAGCUGUAACCAGAAGAUGAUGACGACUCCUCCACUCCCUGCACUGCGUGGACCGAGGACCCCGCAGGAAGCCAGGCAGGGAGUGGCCCAGCCCCACAGACUCUCUCGUUCUUUUACUGUUCUCGUUUUAUGGCGGCGGCGGUUAUUUUUUUAAUAUGCACCUUAUCAGACUGACCUCUCCCCCACCACCCUCGCCCAUAGCUCAUCCCACGAGGCUAUAUAAUCGCAUAGCUAUUUAACUGGCUGGGUACAAAGGAUGUGAAUAGUGUAUAUAAACCUCAGUGUUAGCAGACGGGAUGCCACCAGCGGACACAGCGGUGGCGCCGCUCGUCUCCCCUCCCCAUCCCACAUGUGUUUGCGGGAAAUGCCUUUGGGGUCCUUGUUUAUUGGAGGAGGGCUCGGCAAGGGAGGAUGGGGCCCUUGUGCCCGGUUGGGGGUCUGUGUGCAAGCGUGUGUGUCCGUUAUCACCAAUGGGAAGCAUCUAGAUCUCUAAUUUAAUCUCCCACGGUUGGUCCCAAGCCGGGAUACCUGCAUAAUUUGUAUGCGUGUGUGUUUGUGUGUGUGUGCGAGAGAGAAAGUAUUUGUGUUUGUGUGCAGAGGCACACACCUGGUUAGCCACUCAACAACUGCCGUUGUCCAACACACUGUGCUUUUUGGGGGUUUCGGCUGUUUCUGUAUGUAUGCGUGUGCGAUGGCUGGGACCGCCUUGAGCUCGGUGUCAUUGUAACAGUAUUAUGCAUCUGAACAACCUUUUGUGGACAAUAAAGUGGAGAAACGACAAA